AAAUAUGGCCUCAAUAAAGCAGAAGCCCUAUCAUAUCCCACCUGACAAGCAAAAAUCUCUUCAACAAAAAAUUGAAAAGAUGGAAGAAUUAGGUGUUAUUCGACUCUUAACAAGACCUUAG